GUGUUGAUCCGGCUGGGCCGACAGAGGUGGAGAAUCAGAGGGCGAAUCCAGACUGAUGACAGACAGCUGUGGGAUGAAGAAGAGAUGGUCUUCCUCCCUCACAUCCAUGGGAACUUUGAGAUUAAGGCUGAGGAGAGUGUGGAAUGGCCAUCAGAGACUGACACAGCUUCCCCCAGUCCUGCGGGCAGCAAGCGAGACUCCAUAUUCCUCUUCCACCGCUACAGCACGCCUGACAUCCUCAAGCAAAAUGGAGAGGCGACCCCCAGCACAGAGACGACGGCCCCGGAUGAGGCCCCUGAAGAGGAGACCUUGUUCAAGCAGGGAAUUGAAGACAGACUCCUGGUGAAGGACAGCAAAGCGGGCAGAGCACAGAAGAGAGCUGUGGCUAAGAGAGUGAGUUCACUGCUAGAUGAUCUGAAUACAGAGCUGGAGGAAAUGAGCAACGCAGAGACAUUAAAGAAGCUAGAUCUGCAGAUACGCCAGCUGAACGAGGUCUUGAAGAAGGACCUCGACCCUCCACAGAUGCCCUCAUCUCAGACACUAGCAGUAGAGGAAGAGGAAGUGCUGGGCAGUUUCGACUUCCUCUCAGCAGAUUGUAAUGAAGAUGAAAUAUCAAAUAUGGGCAGCAUCAGACUUGGGUACACUGGGCUGUUGUGUCGAUGGACAAAGAGCGACGUGUUUAACAUUCCUCUCAACUGUGGGCUCUUCCAGAACCUGGUCUCAGAGGAAAUGGAUUUAAAGGGCAACAAGUAA